CGUCCCACACCCCCCCCAAAAAAAACAAGGAAAAUCAUCAUCGAGAAGGAACCCUCCCCCUCUCCGCCGCCGCACACCCCCACCCGAUUGAAACCUACAUCUGCCGCCGCCGCGCCACUCCUCACCACUCCACCCCACAGGAGAGAAGCGGCGAAUCCCCUUUAGCUUAUUAUAGUACAUAUUAGGGUUCGGCCGGCCUUCGGCGUGCGGGCGGAGAUGCUGGAAGGGAAGCCCGUCCCAUACCAUCCGCCAAUUGGCGCCGGCGCCGGUUGUGGAGACGUAAAAGGGGCAUGGACGGGGCAGAAGAGGCACAAGUACGAAGCCCCAUCUCUUACAUCAUCUUCUGAUGCUUAUGGAGAGACGAUUGGCCAGGAUAACGAAGAACGUCCCAACGAGAUCGCCGAUUCACCAGAUGAGCUUGCGGGCCUGGAAAAUGAUAUCGUCAGCGAGGAGGAGUUCCUUGGAUGCCUUAAGGUUUUAACCACCAGGCGUGCUCCUAUGAUCAUCACAGGGCGCAGGCUGGACGAGGAACAUCAACGCAAGCUCUACGAGCGCCUCACUCUCUACCGUAUCAAAGCUCCCAAGUUGGCACAAGGAGUUUGCAUAGAUGAUCAGAAGGAUGUGACUUUGGGAAACGAGUACUCCCCAGACAAUCUGGAGGACCUGUUUGAUUACUAUAAGAAUGCUGAUUCUCUGGAUUGGUACUUUGACCGUGGCUACUCUUUGCUUGCUGACUUGGAUGACUACCAGAGCCUUGUCCUCAAAAAUGGAGACGAUGGUAGAAGGUUCUGUGAUUGGGAAACAUACCGCUCAUUGUUUACUAGCUAUGAAAUUGAUGAAGAGUAUGUAAAGCUCUUUGAAGAAAUAUCAAAGAAAAUCAAGUGGCUUAAACGUUAUAUGGAAUAUGAACGAGCAUCUUCCAAGUGGAAGGAGAUGGAUGAUAGAGGAUUCUGCCAAGCAGCGAAGAUUGCGGCAGGCUUUCCGCGCAUGAGCUAUAAGUUAACUUUAAUGGCCUAUGAGGACAUGGAUCGUCUCUUUUUUGAGAUUUGGAAGUUUGCUACUAAGAAAAUGGGUGCCACUGAUAAGAAGAUUGAUUUUAGGGCUGGUUUGGUUGACGUCUGUCGAAGGAAUAUAUUACCUCGAUAUAGAAAGAGAAUGGAAUUCGCACUGGAUCAUAGUAGUCUUUCUGAUUUGGAAUCAAAUUUUGAUACUUGCGUGGAAGACAUCCCUGAUGAUGCUACAGAGGACGGAGCAUGCCGUUUGAUUAGAUCGGCAGUAUGGAAUAAGCUUCAUAAACCCAUGAUGUGGCACGAGUAUAUUUUGAGGAAGAUGAAGAUUGCUAAACACAUUGGCCUGGGUCCAUAAAAUUGAUAUGUCUCGGAACCCAAGACACCGACAGAUUUAGACAAUUGUUCCUUCUGAAAUAUAGUCUGUUGCUCACUCGCCUGCAAUUAAUGAUGUAUCUGUAUUAUGGCAUAUAUUGAUGUUAAGAGUGGUGGUGUUCUUGUGGUAAAAAUGUUUGCAAACUUUUCUAUGAUUACUUCAUUAGGUUUAUAAUAGUUA